CUUGUUCAUUCACAACAUCAUCUUGUGUCUUGAGGAAACACAGCAGCUUAUUGGUUGACCUGCGUCUCAGCUAUCAGUACACCUUCACAAAGACAGACGGAGGAAGCAACCCAACACUAACACACCUACCGACCUGACUGACUGACACGGCUAACACCUUCAUCAGGUGAACGGUGUCGCGUUUUAGCUACCAAACAACAUUCACUUAUGAAAUCAGUGAUAUCUGUUUCCAGCUGACCCCAUGACAGUCAUUGUCUCAUCAUCAUGAGAUCACGCCACCUCUUCCUCCUGAUCUACCUCACAGCUCUCCGCUGCUACUGGGGAGCAUCAGAUGCACAACGAAAUGAGACCUGCCUUACGCAAGAACUGUGUACUCAGGCUGGUGAUCCUACCUCUAACUUCCUCCAGUGUGUGGGUCUGCCAGCUACAGACACAGGGAGAGACCACCUGCAGAACCUGAAGGACACCAUUGACGCUGCCCUGGACGUCUACUCCUUCAUGAGAUCCAGUCUAUCCCAGACCCCAGUGUUCAAACUAGAGCUGGGUAUCAGUGUGAACCCAGAGACAGAAGCCUACCAAGAUGAGGACCUGAUAAAGGUGUGGAUGGAGGUGAAACUGAAACCACUCCUCUCCAGCAUCUCCAGAGGGUUCCUAACCUGCCUCAGCAACAAGAACUUCAGCUGCAACACCUACCAGACCAUGGUGGAGGAGUUGAGUGAUCAUUUCUCAGAGAUGGAUCCGAUCAGACAGAGGUGGAUCUAUAUGUUCUUCAUGUACCCCUUCCUCUCCGGGGAGAGAGCAGGAUGUGUGAGGCCAGGGGAGAACAGUGAGGACUGGCUGAUCAGGAACUUUGGCUCGUUUAAAGCCGUCGCUCGUAUGAGGGACUUCACAGCCCUCAACAUAGUCUUUAGUGGGCUGGAGGUGCUACACCUGUUAACUCCGGAGCAGAAGGCAGAGUUGUUGUUGCAUCCAGAGGUGGAGGGACUGGAGAAUGGAACCCUGAGUCUGGUGUUCCACACCCUGAUGACAGAGGUCCACUCCCCCAUGGAGAACUCUACCUGGACCACACCAGGGUACGCCAACCCCAACUACCCCCCCUCCUACACCCCCGCGUUCCCACCCAGACCCACGUCGGACGACCAAUACUCACCACGACCCCCCUCACCCCAGGAGAGCCUUCGAGAGGUGGUGAACGGGUUCAUGGGCGUCUUCAGGCCUUUCGGAAGCUUGGUCAGGGAGUUUGUGUCGCUCACACACAAAAAGCCCCUGUCUGAGAUCAGGAGCGCCACUCUAACUCAGGUUGUGUUGAACUGGACUCUGGCCGAGCUCCACAGAUAA